AUGCCUGUCUGCCUGUUUGUUCGCAUCUAUCUAUGGCCAUACGAAUCUAUCGGUAUGAUAUAUGUAUCAUACAUCAUUCUUUUAUUUCAUGUUGCUCCUGUCUGUAUAUGUGUAACAGAUUUUUGUAUCUAUCUAUCUAUCUAUCUAUCUAUCUAUCUAUCUAUCUAUCUCAUCCUAGAAUAUCUACCAAUAUAUCUCAGUCUGUUCCUAUCUAUCUAUCUAUCUAUCUAUCUAUCUAUCUAUCUAUCUAUCUAUAUUUCUCAGUAUGUUCCUGUCUAUAUUUAUUACUCAGUCAGUUUCUAUCUAUCUAUCUAUCUAUCUAUCUAUCUAUCUAUCUAUCUAUCUAUCUAUCUAUCUAUUUCUGUUCCUAUAUAUCUAUCAAUCUAUCUAUCUCAUUCCUAUCUAUCUAUCUAUCUAUCUAUCUAUCUAUCUAUCUAUCUCUCUAUGUCAUCUCAACAAAGUUUGUCUUUAUCUAUUUAA